GGUACGGUGCCGUACCGCUCACAAGCAUGACCGACAUCACUGCCAUUUACAACUCCAACGCAUUCUGGGCAUACGUGUUCUCGAUCUAUUUCCUUGGCACAGAGCGCUGGGAAGUAAGGAAAGUCCUGAGCGUGUCCCUCGCUUGUAUCGGCGUCUUCAUCAUCGCCUAUGGCGACUCAGAUGAGCUAGAUCAUGUCACGCCGCCCGAGGGAGGUAUGGACGGUGAAACCAAGCUGGCGCGACGCCUUGCACCCUCUAUAGACAUCGGCAGCAGAUUGCUGGGCAAUCUACUGGCGCUCAUUGGCUCGCUCUCCUUUGGACUCUAUGAAGUCUGGUACAAGAGAUACGCUGCCCUACCAGACGAGAUGGGCGCCCAAGUCACCGUUCGACGCGUCGGUAUGACGCGCAGCACGAGCAAUGCAACCCUUCUCACACCUGGCCGAGACCGGGCUGCUCGUUUCUACGAUCGCAGUGUCCUGGGGCCAGAUAGUGCCCCAGAAGAUGACGAGCAAGCAGCUACUCCAGCGACGCACGAGAUGCCCAUCGGGCUGGGCACCCCACCCCCAAGUAGACGACCGCUUACAAGGACGGUCUCAGCAGCAUCGCUCGGCAUUGCUGCAGCAGACGCUUAUCAGACCCCGCCCGUCGUCUUCCUUACGCACGCCAACUUCAUCACGAGCAUGAUCGGCGUCUUUACGCUUCUCCUGCUCUGGGUACCGAUACCCAUUCUGCAUUUCACAGGCAUAGAACCAUUCGAGCUGCCGCCGAACCUGGGUAUAGUGGGCUCUAUCAUCGCCAUGGUCAUCUGUGGCGUCAUCUUCAAUUGUGGCUUCAUGCUCUUGCUCGGCCUCUGGGGUCCUGUCGUCGCGUCCGUCGGCAACCUCUGUACGCUCGUCCUCGUCGCCAUUGCGGACACCUUUGUCAUGUCGAGCGCGCUCAGUAUGUCGGCCCUCAUUGGUUGCGGGCUCAUCGUUGGCGCGUUUUCUGUUCUGCUCGUCGACAUGCUCACCUCAGAUCCUGAGAGCAAGCCAGCGGCAGAUGUCAACGAAGAAGUCUACGCACUUGGCGACGAUGACGAGGAUGACGACGAGAGCGUACCGGCAGACACGACAAGGCCAUGAGCGGACAAGCAUCGCAGUAGGACAUGUUGUUGUAACAUCAGACGCAAUGCAGCAG